AUGGCGGAAGCCAAUGGGCAGCAAGACAAGGGGGACCAGCCGAAGAGGCCGACGACUAAGGAGAAGCUCCUAGAGGAGAUCACGACACGCAUCGAGGAGUCUAAGAAGCUGCAAGAGGAGUCCGUCCGACUCCACAAGCAAGCCGACGAAGCCGAGGACCCUGCAAUCGCCGAGGAUCUGAAGUUCCAGGCUCGCAAGAUCGACAGGAAUGCCGCCAAGCUGCUGAAGACGGCGAAGCGGCUCGAGUCUGGCUGGAUGCAAGGAGGUGCUGCCGGCGCCGGUAUAGGGGCUGGCAUUGCUGGCGGACUCGGCAUGACAGUCGGGUCCUUGGUCAGCGGCUUAGUCGCCAUCCCCACUACCGGCUUAGGGAUCUUGGUCGGCGCAGGCACAGGGUUGGUCCACGGUCCCUGGGUUAAGUUCAGCCAGGCAUUUAGCAAGGACGAGGUGGAUGAAAUUGACAAGGAAGCAGAUGAGGAAGCCCAGCGGAUUGGCGGUGCUUGA